AUGUUGAAAACAGUUCUAUAUCCCAAAAACUACGAUUCAGUCUCAGGCUGGAUACCCGAUGUUGGCGAUGGAAGUGUUUUAAAAGAACCGGUAAGAAAUGUUCCAAAUGAUGCAGAUGAAGCUAGAAUGAGAUCUAUUGCGCGAAACACAAUAGAAAGAGUAGGACGAGUACUUCAGUACAAUAUGUCUUUGAGAAUAAUAGUGGCAAUGAACCAAACUCAAGAUCCUAUAAUCCGUAAAAAUCAAGUAAGAUUAAACAAUGAUAAUUAUCCUAACCAACUUUUAACAAUUAAUCCAACCACAAAGGAUUAUAAUGAAUUGUAUAGAAACUAUAAAAAUAUGUGUGAAUUAUUUGGAAAUUCACCUCAGUUUGAAUAUGUAGAUUUUGCAAUUAAUCACCCAAUCUUCUGUUUUGAUCUAUCAGCUUAUCAAGAAGAUCUUUUCAAAACAGGGGUGAAUAUAAAUAUUCAUAUUGAAAAAACACAAGAUAUAAAAAAACUUAUCAAUAGAUAUAAACAUUGUAAAGUCCGUGAUGAUAUAGAUUUGGAAAGAAUUGAUGCGAAAACAAAAGAAGGUGGAUUUUUACCUUUCCUACCUUUGAUAUUUGCUGGUCUGGCCGCGGCAGAAGCCACAGCUGGUGGAGCAGCUGGGAUUAACACCAGCCAUCAACGCCAAGAAAGCAGCUGA